GUAAGUGAACAUAUGUUUCACCUCUGGGAGGUCACCCCCAGUCACAGACCAUCAGUCUCCUCUUUUUAUCCUCCAGUACUCUUUUAUUUCAACUCCUCUCCUCUUCCUUUUCCUCCUUUCCAAGGCUUCUUGUUCAUCUCCUCAUCUCUCCUCCUUUCCUUUCCUACCCUCCUCUCCUCUCCAUCUGUCCUCUCCUCCAGGCCUUUGUGUUUACAUCACAGGUGGGACAACAUAGACGAAAUACCACCAAAACCGCCCCUCCUGAAAACCCCCUGAUCCACCUCCAACACCAAAGCCCCUGCUGUGCCCCCCCCUGCCGCCCCUACAUGCCCCCCCCAGAGCUGAGCGGGCAGCAGGCCAGCUACCCAGGGUACUGGGUACCAGCUAGCAUGGAGUCUGCCUGUCAGCCAUGCUGGGGAUUGAACCACUGCCAGCCUGGUGACAGGAGACUGAGAUGGAGGGAGCCUAGAGACAUGGAGACACGGAGGACACCGGAGGACACUGCAGGAGAUUGGAGGAGACGGAGAGAGACACUUCUCUGGUAUGGUGGAAGACCGGAACGGAUUAGAGGAGACUGAGAAAGACUGCAGGAGACUGAAGAAGAUUUGAAAACACACACACAGAGAGAGAGAGUAUGGGUUUGGGCUGCUGGAUGCUGCUCUCAUGGUACAGCAGGCUAUACUCUUCAAACCCCGCCCUCCACACAGGAAAUGCUCACAGGAAAUCAACUUUGACCCCGCCAGGAUCCUCCCCUCUGGAGGACAGGUUAGUAUCAUCAUCCAAUCCGAUGGAUGCCUGGGGAAGGACACUGAGGUCAACACUCUGGAGCAUGUGCAGGUGUGUGUGAGCCUCAGCAGUGUGUGUCGCGGGGACUUGUCCGUGCAGCUGGAGUCUCCAGCGGGCACGGUGUCGGUCCUGCUGGCACCGCGGAGGAACGACGACUGGACCGGCGGCCUGAGGAACUGGACCCUGAUGACGGUCCACAGCUGGGGGGAGACACCCCAUGGGCCCUGGGCCCUCAAGGUGACAGACCAUCUUGGUACGGUGGAGGCGUGUGUGAGGGAGGGGGGGGCAGAAGUCGCUGCUGGGGCCCUGCUCAGUCUCACACUCACCCUAUACGGCACCUCCCACAGACCCCCCCGGGUGGUAGAGCCUCAGCCUGGUGUGGUCUCCAUGGGAGCGUACCAUCCUGUUUCCCAAAGGGGGGUGUUGGUCCGGAACAGAGCACCUCCUCAUGACCUGGUCCAGUGGGCAUAUGCACAUGAGACACGCAGGAAGGUGGGCACAGCCGAUAUUCCUGCCCCUCGCCAUCGAAAGGACCACGGGCUGGCGUCAGGGCCGCUGGUGUCCUUCAGGAACGAGGAGAUGGAUGACACAGACGGGGCCGAGCUGGGGGACCAGCUGAGGCAGCUGUGGAACACUCUGAGAGACCGGCUGGAGAAACACUGGAGACCGUACCAGGUUGCUUCUCCCAACUACUCCACCGAGGAAGAUGUUGCUCUGAGGAACUUCCGGCGGGCGGGGCUACCUGGAGGGGAGGAGCCUCUGGAGGAUGUACACAACAUGCAAGAUGGAGUGGGAGGAGCCUUUGGGUCGGCACCACCGCCGGACAGGAAGCUGAACCUCGAUGACAGGAAUCAUCUUCCUUGAUGGCGUCGCCUGGGAGAUGGCUGAGGACACUCCUCCAUGCCAACAGAGGGGAGGGGCUAGAUUAGUGGGUGGGGCUAGAUGAGAGCAUUGGUAACGAUGGAGGGAAAGAGUAGCGAGGAUAGGAAGAGGAGGGAGAGAAGAGGUGAGAUUGUGGAGGCAGGGGUGUUUUUCGUUUUCGUUUAACCUUUACUUAACCUGGCAACCCGUGGAGGUCGAAAGCUUCUUCAGCAAGAUGUCCCAGUGCAGACCAGACAAACAACACCAAGCAGCAGGGGGCCUACACCUCGCCCCCCCCCCCCCCCCCCCCCACUGCACCCCCCACCCACCCAUGGUGACCUGCAACACACAGCUUUGUGUUUGACCCUGUCUGUGAAGACUGCCUCUCGUGGGUACAAACAUAUAUAAAAAAAAUACUACUGAAAACAUUGACGGUCCCAGUUCUCCCCCAGCCCAGCCCCCAGCCCUCCCCCCACCCAUCUCUCUUUCCCCUAAGGGGGGAGGUUUUAUGAAGUGUAUGUUUGCUUAGUUCAGAGUUCAAUUAGCCCCCUGUUGCCGAUCCUGGUCACUCCUCAUUGAGUUGGACAAACACCUCGUUAGAUUUCAGCAGCCUAAUUUCUCUCCAUCCUCAAAUUAAUUUCAGAUCAUGACAAGAUCCAAGUAAUAUCAGCGUGAGCUCCCUCCCAGUUCCCAGUCCAUUAAGCUGUCUGGGCUCAGAAACAUGGCUGUUGGUGUGAAACCUCACUUUGGAGAUGAGAAGACCCUGUGUUCUCUUCAUGUGUUAAGAUGUGCAAGGACCCCCCAAAAAUAA